GGGCCGGCGCCCGGCGGUUCGCACCUGCUUGCUCGCCCCGGGGUCCAGAAUGGUCAGCGGCGCCCGCGUUUUCUCCGGCGCGCGUUGUGCGCGUCGAGGAAGGAGACGAAUUUCUUACAGGGAUUCAGAAGCUGGGGUUUACUACUUAAGAGAUCCUGGAGUGGGGCGGAGGACCCUUGGCGGAAAGCUGCAGACGCCCGAGCCUGACCGCUUCGGAUUGGGGGUUACCGCGUCGCCUUCGCGCCGGCGGUCUGUAGUGGGUUUCUGGUCCGGGGUCCGUGGCUUGGGUUGGCCAGACAUUCACACCCUGUUUCCAGUGGAGAUAGCUUUUCAACAUACACAGGUGGCCCUGGGAGGCGGCAGCUGGGUCCAACCCCGGAAUUCCGGAGGCGACCGCCAGGACCUAGCCCGCGGAGGAGGGUCGUCCUGCGAGGAAACCGGCUCGCUCCGCCCCACCUUUUGCAAAAGACUCGGAGCUCGUUCACACUGGUAUGCCAGGUACCAAGAGUAAGAUCACUGAAGGCAAUAAAAUUGAAAUUGGAAGACUGUCAGCCAAGAAAGACCUACUAGAGGAAGCAGAGGAUGGAAAAUAAAGUGAAGCAGUGUUUUGUUGUGUGUAUUUCAGCAGGCCUUCUGCAGUUCAACUAAAAACAUGACUGCUCUUUCUUCCGGGAACUGCUCUUUUCAGUACCAGUUACGUCAAGCAAAUCGGUCCCUAGAUGGUAACUGUCUGCUAUUCUUGAUAAUACUUGGGAAAGUAUUACUAAAUACCCUCACACUAGGAAUGAGAAGAAAAAACACCUGUCACAAUUUUAUGGAGUAUUUUUGCUUUUCACUAGCAUUCAUUGAUUUUUUACUUCUAGUAAACAUUUCCAUUAUAUACUACUACAGAGAUUUUGUACUUUUAGGUGUUAGGUUUACUAAAUACCACAUCUGCCUAUUUACUCAAAUUAUUUCAUUUACUUACGGUUUUCUGCAUUAUCCGGUUUUCCUGAUAGCUUGUAUAGAUUAUUACCUGAAUUUCUCUAAAACUCCAAAGCUUGCAUUGAAAUGCAAAAAAAUAUUUUAUUUCUUUACAGUAAUUUUAAUUUGGAUUUCAGUCCUUGCUUAUGUUUUGAGGGAUCCAGGUAUCUAUCAAAGCCUAAAGGCACAGAGUGUUUAUUCUUAUCAAUGUCCUUUCUACAUUAGCAUUCAGAGUUACUGGCUGUCAUUUUCCAUGGUGAUGAUUUUAUUUAUGGCUUUUAUAACCUCUUGGUCAGAAGUGACUGCCUUGGUGCAGGCUGUUAGGAUGACUUCCUAUAUGAAUGAGACUAUUCUGUAUUUUCCCUUUUCUUCCCAUUCUAGUUAUACUCUGAGCUCUAAGAAAGCACUCUUGCCCAAGUUCAUUAUCUGUUUUCUCGGUACCUGGCUACCGUUUGUACUACUUCAAGUAAUUAUCCUUCUACUUAAAGUACAGAUUCCAGCAUAUAUUGAGAUGAACAUUCCGUGGUUGUACUUUGUCAAUAGUUUUCUCAUUGCCACAGUUUACUGGUUUAAUUGUCACAAGCUUAAUUUGAGAGAUGUUGCAUUACCUGCGGAUCCUUUCGUCAACUGGAAAUGCUGCUUCAUUCCACUUACAAUUCAUAAUCUUGAGCAAACUGAAAAGCCUAUAUCAAUAAUAAUUUGUUAAUGUUGCCAUGUGAAAACUAAUUCAAACUGACAACUACAAUAAGAAUCAUAAUUUUACAAAUGGGAAAGAAUGAUGACUCAGGACAUACAAAGAUUGAACUGAAACCGCCCCCCACCCCAUGCCUCCAGCCCCAACUUUCAUUCCUUUUCACAAUGUGUCUUUUGGGACUAUGGUAUUAAAAACAAAAUAAUUCCAAGAAAAAUGUUUAUGCCUGUUCUGGAACACUGCAUGUUGCAAAUACUAAUUUAGCAAAGAAGUGAAACGAGUUAAUAUUUGGCCAGUAAUACUGAUCUGUGUUACCCAAAAAAUUACUGGAUACAAACUGUUAUGUAAAUCUGAGAUUCACUGCCAGUAACAUACAAAUGUAACUAAACACUUUUAUUAAAUUCAGAGCAAGAAAAUCAAGA